AGACACCAUUUUAAAUUACAUAAUAAGAUGGAGAAAGAAUGGUCCCAAAUGUGAUAAUCCUCUCAGAGAUCCAGAUGUUAAUAUUUCUGAUAUUUUACAGAAAUGCCAAAGCUUUAAAGAUCCACCACU